UUUCCCAGCUUGGAGAAUUUGACUUUAUUUGGGAUCAAUGUUCAAAUUUUAUGGCUAGACUUCCAGCUUCGAACAACUUCUUACAUGGACAAUUUAACAAGGUUAAAUGUUAGUACAUGCAAUAAUUUGAAGUAUCUAUUCCCUUUUUUCAUAGCCGAAAGGCUCGUAAAAUUGGAGUACCUACAUGUAAAAGAUUGUGAAGUGAUGGAAGAUAUUGUGGUCAUGAAGAAUUUGGAAGAGGAAGGAUGGUUGGGGAAGAAUUUGUUCCCUAAACUUACAUGUCUCAAGCUUUAUAAUCUUCCGGCCCUUGGAAAUUUUUGUGUUGGAGAUUGCAUUAAAUUCGAAUCCUUAUUAGUGUUGACUAUCCGACACUGUCCUAAAAUGAAGACAUUCGUGACUGGAAAUUGCCUCGAGUUUAAAUCCUUAUCAAUGUUUAAAAUUCAAAAUUGUCCUGAAUUGAAGACAUUUUUCACUUGUUCCACGCCAAUAAUGGAGGUAUCAGUUGACAAUGAAGAAGGCAAUCAUUCAUCAAUUACACAACCUUUCUUCAGUGAAAAGGUUAUUUUGCCUGUUCUUGAAUAUCUGGAAAGUGAUUGGAGCAAUGCCAUAAACGAACAACUCAACAUGAGUCAAUCUUCAAGUACAGUUUUAGUACUUCCCCUUAGCAACCAGCUAAAAGAACUGGAGCUGAACUGUAGAACUCGUGAUAAACCAAUCGCUCUCCCAAUUUUUGAUCUUCUUCAAAGAUGUCAGAAUCUUGAGAAACUUACAUUGAAGGGUUUUUUUGUCACUUCUGCACAAGAAUAUGAUGGACAACUGAUUGCAAAUUUAAAGAUGCUGAAGUUGGAUAAUGUUCCUAAAUUAAGAUAUCUGUUUGGGGAAUCAGAAAAUGCUCAACCAACAAAUUUGUUUGCGUGUUUCCAAAAUUUGACAAUUUUGGAAGUGUCAUUUGGCCAUCGAUUGACAUAUUUGUUAACUCGGUCGACAGUGGCGAGUCUGGUGCAACUCCAACGAAUGACAAUAACUAAUUGCAACAGAAUGAUAGAAGUAAUUGGGGAUUAUAGGGAAGGUGAAAUAACUGGGGGUGAACAUGAUAAUCAUGAACUAGUUUUCACGCGACUGGAGAUUUUAGUGCUUCACCAUUUACCGAAUCUUGGGAGCUUCUAUUCAGGAAAUAAUGUCAUAAGAUUUCCAAGGUUGAAGGAACUAGUUGUGAGUAGAUGCCCUGAGAUGAGUACUUUCUCCUGCGGAAUAGUAAGUACCUCAAUUUUGGAUACAGUGAGGACUUUCUCCAACAGAAUAGAAGUACAAGAUAUUGAAUCGAGUGACGUCGAUUUUGGAGAUCACAACGAUCUACUUAUAGAAGAUGAAUCGAGUUCACAACCAACUGAUGGCAAUAGUAAUGACAUUGAUUUUGAAGAGCACAGAAUGUUUGUUGAACCCGUACAAAAACGUUGGGAUGGUGAUGUUAAUACAACCGUGAGAAAGCUCUGGGAGGAUGAUUCAAAUUUGGCAUUGCAACACUUAUUUGCCGAAACGGUUAUCAUGCCUGACCUUGAAUAUCUGAAUACUGGACGGAGCGAAGCUAUAAAUGAGAUACUCGACAUGAGUCCACCUUCAAGUGACGUACCCCGUUGCAACCUAAAAGAACUUGAGAUGGAAUGCAUAACUCAGGAUAAACCAAUUGGUCUUUCGAUUUUCAAACUUUUGCACAGAUACCAUAAUCUCAGGAGACUUGCAUUGUAUGGUUUUUUCAUAGAUAUAACAAGUAAGGCUCUACAACUUGGUAUCACACAAGAAUAUGAUGGAGAGCUUAUCGCAAGUUUAACGGAGCUAAGUUUGUAUGAUAUUCCUAAGCUGAGGCAUCUGCUUGGUGAGCCAGAGGUUAUUGCUCAAACAGCAGGCGACGCCUUACGUAUACGACCUUCAAAAAUUUUAUCUGUGUCCUUCCGAAAUUUGAGAAUUCUAGAAGUAUCAGAAUGCCAUCGAUUGACAUAUUUAUUAGCUUCCACAAUAGCCACUAGUCUGGUACAACUCGAAGAAAUGAUAAUAACUGAUUGCAACAGGAUGACAACAAUAAUCGAGGAUUAUAGGGAAAAUGAAACAACAAAGCGUGAACAUGAUCAUGAAUUUGUUUUCCCAAAAUUGAAGAUUUUAGAGCUUCAAACUUUACCGCAUCUUGAAAGCUUCUAUUCAGGAAAUACUGACAUAAGACUUCCAAAGCUGGGGGAAUUAUUUGUGAGUAGAUGCCCUGAGAUGAGGGCUUUCUCCAGUGGAAAUAUAAGCACCCCAAUGUUACAUACAAUCAUUGAUGGAUGGAGAUCACAAUCUACUUACAGCAAUAGUGAUGAUGUUAAUGAAGAUAGCAAAAUGUCUCCUGAAUCUGUACGCCGAGAACGUUGGGAUGGUGAUGUUAAUACAACCGUGAGAAAGCUUUGGGAGGAUGAUUCAAAUUUGACAUUACAAGAGUUGUUCACUGAAACGGAAGUUCAUGAUUCUAGAGAAGGUACCUCUUCCCGGGCUGCUAGAUUAUAGACUUUUGCUACAACCUUAUUUCAAACCAGAUGGAGUUAGAGUUCUGAUGAUGAUGAUGAUGAUGAUGAAUCCAGCCUUGAUGAAGUUUGAUUUCAAAAGAGAUCCUAUUCAAUAUUUACUCCAUCUCGUUGCGCUGCAAUUAUGGUGUCAAAGAAAUGGCCGGAACGGAAGUAAGAUUGAUUAUCUCAAGGUGUCAGUGAAGGAGUAAUACUAAAACAAGUUGGCCUCCUAAUUGCAGUGGAAAUGAAGAUGGAGGAGAUCAAUAUGGUAGAAAUAUGAUAUUUUAAGUGUUUUUCUUUGCUAUAUAAUUUGUUUGAUGGUGUGAAGCCUGGUGGAUAUAGGACCAGUAUAUUACUCGAGUCUUGUUGCGUAAUUAACUCUCUGGACUCGACCCCAGAGAUAAUUACAUGAUUUGGUAUAGUUUGUAUUUCGUAUAUGUCGUAUUACGUGAGAAAAUUGUGCCGAAACCGUUAAUACACGUUACGGUUAAUGCAUGUUUAGUUAACACAUAUUAGAUUUUUAGAUCCCCUGUUUUGGAUCUUUGUCCAAUCUGCAGGAUUGGGACUAAUUUGACACGGCACGCUCUUUCGCAAUGCGGCCUUCAAACCUGUUUGGAAGAAUAGUAGGUUUGUUGAUCUACACCACACAUACAAGUCUACUUUUAAUUUCAUUGAGUUUGCUAUGAUGAUGAUGAAGUACUGCUUUUAUAAACAAAUUCUCUUAUCUUCUUUUAUGCUGCU